CCAACCCAUGGUCCUCCUCCGUCCACCCCUUCUUCGGUACACAAGUACAGUGCAAUAUUUUAUAGAUAAAAAUGAAGAAGUCGAAAUUAAAUUAGUUUUAUUUUAUUCAAAAUUAAAAAAUUAACGUGUUCACUGUUCAAUAAUUAUGCUGCAUACGCGUAAAAAAUUAUCAAUCUGAAAAAUUACUGCAGUUACUUUACUUGUAGUCGUGGAAUUCAAUUCAAUCUCGCUUAUCAAUUUCGUCUACCUCUUAUCCUGUUACCUGAAUGGCAUCUGUUUUGCGGAAUAAAUGCCAGCUCUAAAAUUAUGAAUGUAGUAUAUUUUUGUGAAAAGAAACUUCAUAUUGGCACUAAUUCCUCUGGAGAUAUUCCGUACGACCCAUUGGUAAAUCUACUUUCUCUCCAUGAUGGAUAAAAUCUUUUGUAUUUUUGUAAUCUAUCUGUUAUCACCAUUGAACGUUGGUUCAUUCUUUCUAAAUGAAAAUUCCACUGAAACAUAUAUGUCCCGAGAAGAACGGGCCAAUUUAAAGAAUGAAGCUGUUGAAAUGUUCUAUCAUGCAUACAAUGCCUACAUGAAACACGCGUAUCCAGCUGAUGAACUUAUGCCUCUGAGUUGUAAGGGCAGAUACCGUAAUAGUCAGCCUAGUCGAGGGAAUGUCGAUGAAGCUUUAGGAAACUUUUCUCUGACAUUAAUCGACACCCUCGACACGUUGGUAGUUUUGGGAGAUUUCAAAGAAUUCGAAAAUGCUGUGAAAUUAGUCAUUAAGGAUGUGAAUUUCAAUACCGAUGUUGUGGUUUCUGUGUUCGAAACAAAUAUUCGUGUUUUAGGAGGAUUGCUUUCAGCUCACGUACUCAGCGAUGUAUUGAAAAAUAAGUACGGCGAGAUGACUUGGUAUAAAGGAGAAUUAUUAGCUCUGGCUAAAGAUCUCGGUACUCGAUUACUGCCGGCAUUCAACACGUUGACUGGUAUACCGUAUGGAAGAGUUAAUCUCAAACACGGUGUUCGAGAUGAUCUUUCUCAACUUGCAGGGCAUACUUGCACCGCCUGCGCUGGAACCAUGAUUUUGGAGAUGGCAGCUCUGUCUAGAUUGACCGGAGAUCCUAUAUUUGAACAAAAAGCGCAUAAAGCUAUGGAUGAGUUGUGGAGUCUGAGACAUCGAACGUCUAAUCUUAUGGGAACCAUUUUGGAUGUUCAUUCCGGUGAUUGGGUACGCAAAGAGUCCGGUGUAGGAGCUGGUAUCGAUUCGUACUACGAGUAUUGUCUCAAGGCGUACAUCUUGUUAUCGGAUGAGAAAUAUUUACGACGAUUUAAUACGCAUUAUUCGGCGGUCAUGACCUAUGUCAGUCAAGGUCCUAUGUUACUCGAUGUUCACAUGCAUAGGCCGAACACUAAUUCAAAGAAUUUCAUGGAUGCUCUGUUAGCCUUUUGGCCUGGAUUACAAGUUUUGAAAGGUGAUUUGAAACCGGCCAUUGAAACGCACGAAAUGUUAUAUCAAGUAAUGCAGAAGUAUAAAUUUAUCCCAGAAGCAUUUACGACUGAUUUUCAAAUUCACUGGGGCCACCAUCCUCUCCGUCCAGAAUUUUUAGAAUCUACUUAUUUUUUAUAUCGCGCCACCGGUGAUCACUAUUAUUUACACGUUGGUAAAAAUGUGUUGAGAUCGCUUCAAAUGUACGCUCGAGUUCCAUGUGGGUAUGCCUCAUUUGAAGAUGUACGAACUGGUACCCAUGAAGAUAGCAUGGAUUCGUUUGUGUUGGCGGAAACUUUCAAAUAUCUAUUCCUGCUAUUCGCCGAACCUUCGGAAACUGUAAUCAAUUUAGACGAUUAUUUAUUCACGACAGAAGCUCACUUACUGCCUCUUUCUAUUUCGCGGUAUUCGUCUCCAAAUUAUUCUAGUGAAGUAGAUAGGUUAUUGCUAUUGAACAACAAUAACGAAAGCCGUGAUGGAGACUCUGAGGAAAAUGAUGACGAUAACGAUAUGGCGAGAUCAUGUGUCAUACCUAAAUACGUGGUUGGUCAUUUCUUGAGACAAAAUUUACGUAAUAUGUUCGAAGGAAUUUGUCCUCAGAGGAAAUCCGGUAGAAAAUUGUAUCCAUCCCAAUUUCAGUCUUCCAACGAAGAACAUAUCCGGUUAUUGAAAGAUAUGGGCAUUGCAGUUGUUACCUUGUCCGAUGGUCGAAUACAAUUAGUUCAUAAUUAUUUGACUCAGGCCACAUCAAAAAGUGAAGCUAAAGAAGGCGCUAUAUUCAUGCAAGAAAUGGUUGAACUAUCGAAAACGCAUUCCGUCGAAAAUACUCCUCAGUCUGUCUCUUAUUCGGUUAAUAAUGAAACUGUAGUCCUGAGCGCCGGUCCAGCUCAUUUUGGUAGAUUGCUACGAGUUGAUGAAAAACUUACCGGAUUGAUAAGCGUUGCGUCACCUAUAAGAGCUUGCGAACCUCUCAAAAAUCCCGAAACACUGAAAAACCGAAUAGCUGUCGUUGAAAGAGGCGAUUGCAUGUUUGUAGAUAAGGCUCGUAAAUUAGAAAAGGCUGGCGCUAUUGGAGGAAUAAUUGUGGAUAAUACGCCCGAUUCUACGGCGGAUGUGUUACCAUUAUUUACCAUGUCUGGAGAUGGAACUGACGACGUUAACAUUCCAGUCGUAUUUUUAUUCACUCGUGAAGCGAAAAUGUUGAUAGAGGCUGUAACUAAAGAUCCGCUGUUAAAUAUAACCUUAUCUCAACUGCCACCAGAUAAAUCAGCAACAAUACUGGACGCUCCUAAUACUUAUCAGUUCACAGGGACUGUUCAUAAGCCGUUGUACAAACAGGAAAUUCCGGCAAAAAUACGUAAAGAGAUCAUCGCUCAUAUGAAAUCAACUCGAAAUUUCAAACACGAAUUAAACCAACCCGGUAAUCAAGAAAUGAACACCGAUAAUCGGACACAACCGAUCGAACAACAGCGUGUUAUCGAAUUACUGAAAAAACAAAUACUCGUGCUAUUGAACUUGUUGGCGAAAAACAGCGAGCUAGAUGUUGAUAAAAACUUCGAUCUGUUGGAUGGAAAUUUUAACGAAAUUCGCGUAUUUUCAAUAGCAAAUACCAGAAGCUUACAGGACAUCGAUGAAUUGCUAUCGCUUAAAGACGAUAGCGAUAGAAAAAAAGAAAAAUACGAAAAAUUAAUCGAUAUACUCUCAUUUGCGAAACGUAUCGAUGAAAAAGUCUUCAUUACGAUCGAAGAAUUUGAAAACGAACCGAAAGUAGUCGAGUAUUGCGAAUUAGAAAAGCAAUACGUUGAAAUUAAGAAACCCUCGAGUAAAUAUAGCGGUUCUUCUGUAGCUUAUGAUUACGAAUCGUCGUGUAACAAGCGAGAAAUAAUUCCGGAGCAAAAUUUCGACGAGAAGGAAAAGCGUAGAAUUUUAAAGAUCAAAAUAAAAUCGAAAUUUAUUCACGAGUUUUUACGCUAUCGUAAAUGUAAAUUGUUAUCGUCGGCUAAAGAUGAUCUGUUCAUUGAAAGUUCCAACGAUUGUUUAAGAGAAGAUGAAGAACCCGAAAAUCAAUCCGAUGUACUCGAUAAACGAAAAAUUACUCGAUUAAAACUCCAGAAUGAAAAAUGGUGGAAAAAAUGGCGAAAAUCGCGUUCAAUUAUUCCAUGAAUGAAUUUCAACGAGUGAUUUUUUGUAAGGUAUUUUUUUUUGUCCUUCGUAUGUUGUCAAAAUGAUGAUUUUUUAAAAAUUUUGGGAACUAAUAUUAUUUUUAAUGCGUAGUAUCUCAUUUUCGUAUUAUAUUUUUGAUGCAUUUUGUUAUUUUUAUGUUCGGCUUCUGUAUUGCGUUGAAAAUACGGAAAUACCAUUAAUUUGACUUUUUUGUUUUAAAUCAAAAUUUUUCGUUUGGAAAAAAAAUCGUUUAAUGGGGUGUUAUUAAUGUUAUUAUUAUGUAAUUUUUUUUAAAAAAAUUAUAUAAGUAGAUAAUUGUUUUUUUGCAUCAAUUUUUUUACUUAUGUACAAAUAUGUUUAUUUGUUUCAUUUUUAUUUUGUUCUUGUAUUUUUGUUACUAUUUUUUUCUUUAAUGAUGAUGUUACCAGUUUGUAUUGUUUUCUUCUUAAUUGAUUUUUAUCGAUGAAUUUUGUAAUAUUUAUGUAAAUACGAAUAAUUAUUAUAUACUUACUUAGUACUUAGAUUUCGUAGCUCUUCGUUUUAUAAUGAUGCUAUUAAGCGUGGUUUCUGUGAUUAUUUUAUCAUUAUUCGUGUUAAUUUUAAUUCCAGUUGUCACCUCACGUGUAGGUUUAUUGGAAAUAAAAAUGAAAUUAAACCUGAGAUGUUUAAUUCGCAGUGUGAUAUACCUUAUGUUAUAUUUUUAUAAGAAUUUUUUUGUAUCGAUUUACGACUCGAAUUCUUCUAAUUUUUUUUAUUUGUAUGUAUUUUUAAAAAAUUAUUGAUGAUUAUAAAAUGUGAGAUA